AAUAUAUUUGUCUGCUGUAUCGAGCUCUAAAAUUACAUAAUGUUAUUCAGUGCGGGGCUGACAUUGUUGUAUUAUGGCAGACGAAAUACGAAGGGAUAUGGCCACGUCAGAUCGAAAUGUUACCGAAUCAGGAUUUGUACCUAAUUAAAGACGAUGUCUUCCGUUUAUCCAACAACAGUGCACGAGUGGAUGAACGCCAUACGUCGUCCAACGCCGUAUCGUGUCGGCAAUGCCCGUCUUCACUUGAAAACACGAACUCUGGCGUACUCGGUUAUGUUCCUAUCGGCAGCAUUCAUUCUGAUUUUAUUCAUGUUUCCAUCACGUAGAGUUCCUAGAAUGACCUGUAGGGACGAAGGUAUUCACAGUGAAACAAACUUCGAUUACACCUACCCACUUUCACCUCCAAUUAGAAUCGGGGAUGGUUAUCAGUUUAAGAUUGGACUGAUCGCAGAUUUGGAUCAAAACUCCAAGAGUGACAAGAAAAAGAACACCUGGAUUAGUUAUUUAUAUGAAGGAAACUUGACGAUCUCACAUUCACACGAUUAUGCAGACUUUCGGAUGGAGGAGAGCGCUCAUUUACUCAAGUCCACGCUAUCACAAGGGGGGAGGGGAAUGGAAUUGUCAGAACUUCUGGUGUUUGAUGGAAAUUUGUGUGCUGUGGAUGACAGGACAGGAGUUGUGUAUCACAUUUUCAACAGGAAAAUGAUUCCUUGGGUUGUUUUAGCCGAUGGAGAUGGAAAUAGUCCCAAAGGAUUUAAGAGUGAGUGGGCCACAGUGAAGAACAACAGGAUGUACGUGGGAGGUUUAGGCAAGGAGUGGACAACUGUUGAUGGUGUAGUGGAGAACCUGAAUCCCCAAUGGGUCAAGUCUAUUGGUCCAAGGGGAGAUGUACGGCAUGAGGAUUGGCAUCUGUACUACAACAAAAUGAAAGAGGCAGCAGGCAUCAAAUUUCCAGGGUACAUAAUCCACGAAUCAGGAGCAUGGAGUGAAAUUCAUCAACGGUGGUUUUUCCUUCCAAGAAGAGCCAGUCACUUUCGAUAUGAUGAUAAUGAAGAUGAAAGGAGAUCUACAGACUUAAUGUUCAUUGCUAAUGAAGGUUUUACAGACAUAGAAGUGACACAUAUUGGGGAGCUUAGUAAAACCAGAGGCUUUUCUUCAUUUAAAUUCAUUCCAGAGACUAAUGACCAAGUUAUUGUGGCCCUCAAAUCAGAAGAAGUAGCGGGUAAAAUUGCUAGUUAUUUAACAGUUUUUAAAAUUGAUGGAAAAAUUUUGCUAAGAGAAAGAUAUAUAGGAAAUGUAAAAUAUGAGGGUAUAGAAUUCAUAUGAUAGAUAUACAUUUAGAUACAUGUAUAUAUAUAAUAAUGAUAUACAAAAAAUAUACAAGUUCUAGUGCUUUCUUUGUAUGAGAUGUAUUGUAAUUAAUGACUAAUCUAUUACCUUUUGAUUGAAGAGUUUGAUAUUUACAUAUAAGACAGUUGUGUUUUACCUGAUUUUGAUUUUUUUUCUUUUUAAUACAUGGAUGAGUCUUUCAAUGUGUAUUGUAUACCAAGAAAUAUCUUGACGUUUGUACACAUAUAUCUAUGACAUUUUCAUUAAUCUUUUAAGUGCCUUUAUGCAAGAUGUCUCAUAUGUUACAAUAAAUCCAGUUGAUGUUCUGAUCAUGUAAAAUGAUUGUAAUUGUACGACGGAUGUCAGUUUAAUCAUCCUCCUUGUAUCUCAUCACCGACAUUAUUUUUUUUUUUUAUCAUCUAGAUUCUAUAAAUGCAAUAUGUAUGCAAACUAUGAUUAUCUGAAUGGUGUUUUGAAUUUUGUACCACAGCAUUAAAGUAUGAAAGACUAGCAACAUACUGUAUAUAUGUAGAAAAAGUGACAUUUCUGUUUCAGUGUUUAGUGCUAACUGUAAAUUAUGAUGAUGCCACAUACUUGCUUAAAGGAACAUGGACACGAUUUUUGGUACAAAAAAAUUACUUUGAUAUUUGAUUAAUAAUAUGAUGGUGUUUGAUCCGUGCAAAAUAAAGUGAAAACUUAACUUUAGAAAAUUGACGCAACGAUGUAAUUAUGACAUCUAAACUUGUCAUUUUCAAAACAAUGCAGAGCCCUAUUUAUGUUUACAUGUCACGUGACUCAAGUAUCAGUUGAUAGCUUCAGUGAAAGAAAGCUUACAUUACGUAAAUUUUUGGUUCUAUUUUAUUUAUGCUUGCUCGCUGAAUUUAUUUAUCAUUAACGUCAAAAUGUUAAGUGUUUUGAUGUACUUUUGGUGUUCUUAUCUCCAAAUGUGGAUUCCUGGUUAUGACAAGCAUGUUGACAAACACAAUUUGGGAAGUUGGAUUUUAUGUCAAUACAAAAUGUAUCCUGUGUAAAAAUAUUUUUAAUCCAUUUUUUCAUAAAAGUUCUUUAUUUCUGUAACAAAAUACUGUCAAUUCUAAUCUAUCAAAAAUCAUGUCCCUGCCCCUUUACAGGACUAUACAUGGUAUAGAACUAAAGCGACUAACAAUCAUAUUGGAUGUACAGAAAAGCAUGGUUAUAGUGAACACACUUAUAAUGAAUUCAUGCUUACAGCAAAGUGAUUUUCAUUCCCUGUAAUUUCAAAACAUACAGGUAUUAUGAACUUUCUGUAUAUAUUUGAUCUACGUUUAUAAUGAAUCAAAAGCACACGUCCCCAGCACUUUGCGAUAUGUGAUGUUUGUAGAAUUCUUGGCAAUCUUAAGAUAUGGUAUUUUAAAUAAUCAACUUUGCCUGGACAUUUGAAAUUUUGAUGAAGAAGUGCACACAUUCACAUCAUUUUCUUUUCUAUAAAUACAGAGCGACUUUAUGAAGGGGAUUCAUGUUUAUUAAUUUGUGUCUUUCAAAGAUACAACAUUUGUAGAAAUAUCAAUUGUUCUGUGAUUUGAAAUAGAAAAUAAUGCACUUAAAAUGAUGUGUUGGGCAAAAAAAAAAAAAAAAAAGAGAAGAAAAAUAGAAAUCUACAAUAGAUGAUAAAGUACUUCUGUGAAUUCUUGUUUCAAAUUACUAGAAUUAAUGCAAAAUUGAUGACAAAUAUGUUUCAAGAUGGCUUUGUUACACGAAAAUUAAUGAGUGAAAAAUGUAUUUUGAAUUUUCACAAAUUAAAGGGCUAAUGAUUUCAUAUUGUCUAAAUUGAUUAUUGUGUGCAGUCAUUCAAAUCAUUUGUGAUGCAUUAUUUGAUUCUGUUUGUAUAUAUGGAGGGUAAAGGUUGAAGAGGAGUAUAUGGGGACCAGUUAGGGGUAAACACUAGUUGUUUAAUAUAGUAUAGACUUGGCAAAUUCCAGGACAACAGCUUGCUGUUAAUUGAUAUUCUAAAUAUGAAAUGACAAAUUCAGACCAGAUAAAUUGUUGUGAAAUCCUUUCCAAAUUGUAUGCAUGCAGCAAAAUGUCUAUUAAAAGUCUUGAAAUGUGA